CAGCGAUAUAACGGGGAAAAAACGGAACAAUUUUUUUUGGGCAGAUUUAGUUUCAUUUUGCUUUUUCAUUCAUUCAUUCAUUCAUUCUUUUUUCCGAGACAAAAGGUGUGUCAAGGUGGAAUUUAAUUAGCAUGCGGUUUGGAGGGGGGGAGGUUUCUUGAUGAUGUAAAAGAUCUAUCAUUUUUAAUAUAUAAACAAGUCUGGGUGGGAGAAGGACACUUCAUCUCUAUCCCUUUUUUUGUUGUCAUCACGCACACACUUAUCUAAGUAUCUUCAAUACCAAAUACUUUUUUAUUACUCUUAUAUUAUUCUGGAUCUACUGACAACACACACACAUACGAUUCAUAUUGAAAAAAUGUACACCCAGCAACCACACCACCAUCUCAGCCACAUUCCACACCACGGCAGCCAUAUCCCACACCACUCUCACCACCAAAGUCAUAUCCCCCAGCAUCUCCUCAACCAUCACAACAGCCACCACCAUUUCAACUCCUACGUCAUCCCAAACUCCGCACGUCCCGGGUACUCUGCUAUUCUCCGUCACCCUGAAUACCCCGAUGGUCGAAUCCCAGACGAAUACUCCAAUGUCCACACACUCUACGAUCUCUUCCAAAGAUCCAUCAGUCUCUUCCCCAGCACCCCCUUCCUGGGCGCUCGCCACUACAACCAAGCCAAGCAUAAUUUUGGAGAGUACAAGUGGAAAAACACAACAGAGAUAGCUGAAAGCGUGGAUUUGUUCGGACAAGGUCUGGACGUUGUUUUUGAGAAAUACGUGGGGCGCGGAAUGGGUUCUGGCGGAGUACAGACGCCGCUGGGGAUUUAUUCAAAGAACCGCGCUGAGUGGGUGAUCGCGGAGUUUAGCGGGUUCCGAUCCCGCCGGUACUCUGUCGCCCUCUACGAUACACUUAGCAGUGACUGCGUCGAGCAUAUAGUCAACCAUGCGCAGCUUACAGUCAUUGUCUGCUCAGUCGACAAGAUCUCGACGCUACUUGCCGUCCGACACAUGAUACCGAGCCUCAAGGUCAUUAUAUCGAUGGAUGCCCUGACGGGAAAGGCCAAGAACCCGGCAGCCGCUGGGUUUUCCAUGAGCUCUAUCCGCACAAUGCACAAGCAUGCAGAAACCCAGGACAUUGUGCUCCUGGAUAUGUGCAGCGUGAUGGAUUUGGGACAUGCCAACCCCUCAGCGCCUAAACCCCCGACCGCCGGCGAUGUGUGCACCAUAGCGUACACUUCGGGAACGACUGAGGCGCAAAAGGGCGUGGUGAGCACGCAUGGAAGCUACGUGUUUUCGGCAAAGUCACUCUACCAAGCAAUGCCCUUGUACCACGCAACGUACCUUAGCUUCUUCACCUUGGCAAACUGCUUCGAACGCAGCAUCGUGUAUACAGGGAUGCUCGGCGGCAUGCGCAUUGGGUUUUUCUCUAGCGAUAUGGUGCAUAUUGCCGAGGACGCCCAGAGCUUGCGCCCAACAGUAAUGGCCGGUGUCCCCUACCUCUUCAAUGACAUCUACCAUCGGGUCACUGCCGCCACCAUUUACGCGCCCGGGAUUAACGGCGCAAUGGCGCGCACAGCGAUUAAGCAGAAGCUCCAGAGAUUGGAGUCAGGGAAGGGCGGGCUCAAGCAUUCGUUCUGGGAUAAGCUUGUGUGCAACAAAAUGGCGCAGUUUUUCGGCGGCCGCCUGAAGCUUCUGAUCUCUGGCGGUGAUCCGAUUGACGCCCGGGUGAUGAGCUUCCUCCGUGUGGCUAUCAGCUGCCCAUUGCUCGAAACCUACGGGGCAACAGAGUGCUGCGCGGCGGCGACCGCCGGUCUCCUCAGUGAUCGCACUUCGGGGCAUGUCGGUGUGCCCUUGCCGGGCGUCGAUAUUUGUCUGAGGGACGUGCCGGAGAUUGGAUUCCUCACAUCGUCGCACCCGCACCCUAGGGGCGAGCUCCUGGUCCGUGGCACCAAUGUUUUUGCCGGAUACUACAAGGAUGAGGCGCGCUCCCACGUGUCCCUUGACGGCGAGUGGCUGGCGACCGGUGACUUGGCGCAGAUCAACGAGGAUGGAAAUAUCGAGAUCAUCGACAGGAAGGAAAACGUCGUGCAUAUUGGCGAACCCUACGACCAAUGCGUUCCCCUGGAGCAUCUCGAGACCAUAUACAGUCGGCAUCCGCUGGUCCAUGAUAUUUUCAUCACUAAUCAUCCGGAUCACUCGGAGCUCGUCGCCAUUGUUGUUCCAGUGCUGGAUGCCUUUUUGCCCCUGGCGCAGAAGAUUACAGACAAUAAGUCGGCCCCGGUGGAGUACCUGGCCAAUGACGAGCAGGUCAUUAGUGCUAUGCAGGUUGUGCUUUACCAGCAUGGAAAUAAGGCUAGGCUGCGCACUUGUGAGAUGAUCGCCGCUGUGUAUUGCGACAUGACGCCUUUUGAUAUUGAGGGCAAUGGGCUGCUCACUUCAACGUAUAAGCUUAAGCGCAGGGUUGCGAGCCAGUACUAUGCCAAGCAGAUCGAGGCCAUGUACAGGCAGCUCAAGGAGAGGAGCUAAUGUGGAAGGGGAUAGUGAAGGAAAAGCAGCC